AUGGCCGGAACGUUAAACUUAAAUGAUUUGAAAGAUGAACCCAUUUUAUAUUAUGAAAAUGCAUUAAGUUAUGUUUUUUCAAAUUCCAGCGAAGAAAAUAAAAAAGAUAUACCUACAUGUGUUAUAUAUCCAAAUGAAACCAUAAAAGUUGGUUUCCCUAUUUAUUCCAUAAAAAAUAUAAAUAAAAAUGAAAAUUUAAUAAAUGAUAAUGAUGCUCAGAAUAAUAGAAUUAACGAAGAGCCAUUAAUUACUUUUGCAUCCGAAUCGAAAUAUAUUUAUCCCGUGAGGGUUCAAGUUUAUUAUAGUCUCCUUUACUUAUUAAUAGCAAUUCAGCUUUUCGUUAUGCUAUUUUUUAAAGAUAACAUAAAUUACGCAUCCACGGGUGAAAUAAAUUACGGGCAAAUUUUUGUAUUUUUUUUUAUGGCCAUCUCACACAGUUUAGUUAUUAUGUCAAAACUGGGAAAAUUCAAAACCUAUGUAUUUGAUAUAUAUACAUCAUUAAGUUUAUUUUUUUUUAUAUUAUCUGUACUAACAAUCAACUGUUUUAGUAGUUCUUUGAUUGCUUUAUUACAGUUUUUUAUUUUUUUUUUACAUGCAAAAAUUGAUUUUUAUGUAAUGCCACAGUCAUGUGUCGUACCACCAUGA